CGCGUGCGCAAAAUUGCUGGACUUAGAGAACAACUGAAGGCGUGCACUAACCUUGUUGAGACCAUAAUCGAUACGAGGGUUCCUCUGGGGGGGAACUAUUAGCCCAUUGAAAAUAUUACGAGAUGCCGCUUGCAUAAAUGUUAUGGACUUGCGUUGGAACAAAUUAAAACACAUUAUUGAACGGGUUGCAACGGAGCCAACGAUAUCCUCUGUAUACCAACAAAAACACCCAGGCGUGCCUUCUGUUUUUAAGGUGGAUAUGUUUUGCAAGCAGCUAGCUAGCUUACAUUGGGGCAUUGUGUCUUUGUAAACACUGCGUCAGUUGUGUAAGCUAGCUAGCUACCAAAACAAAAAAACAUGGGACUCGCAUAUUGUUAAAAGGAGGCUGACUCCUUUCCAUUCGUUACCUAAACAUGAGAGAAGAAAGUCGUUCUUUCUUAAGAAGGCAGUUCAUGACAAUUGAAAGACGGGGUGAACUUUCCUGCUGCCCCGACUUCACGGAGGAGAAAGGGACUUCAGAGAGAGGAGAUAUGCGACCGUGCAACGCUUGUAAUUUUACUUCAAAAUAAAACCCCGAGGUUCUGGAGCGAUGGAGACCGUGGGGAAAUUCGAGUUCAGCAGGAAGGACUUGAUAGGACACGGUGCAUUUGCGGUGGUGUUCAAAGGCAGGAAUAGAGAGAAACACGACUGGGAGGUGGCUGUGAAAUGCAUAAAUAAGAAAAACUUGGCAAAAUCUCAGACCCUUUUGGGAAAAGAGAUCAAGAUACUUAAGGAACUAAAACAUGAGAACAUUGUUGCAUUACAUGACUUUCAGGAAACGGCCAGUUCUGUGUACCUGGUCAUGGAGUACUGCAAUGGUGGGGACCUGGCGGACUAUCUGCACUCCAAGGGCACCCUGAGUGAGGACACCAUCCGGGUGUUUCUGCAGCAGAUAGCUGGAGCCAUGAGGGUGCUGCAAGUCAAGGAUAUCAUCCACCGAGACCUCAAACCCCAGAACAUCCUGCUUUCCUACCACACAGGACGCAAGUCCCACUCCACCAACACCUGCAUCAAGAUAGCUGACUUUGGGUUUGCCCGCUACCUUCAGAACAACAUGAUGGCUGCCACUCUGUGUGGGUCCCCUAUGUACAUGGCACCUGAAGUCAUCAUGUCUCAGAACUAUGAUGCCAAGGCUGACCUGUGGAGCAUCGGUACCAUUUUGUUCCAGUGUCUGACUGGGAAAGCCCCGUUUCAGGCUAGCAGUCCCCAGGACCUCCGGCUGUUUUAUGAGAAAAACAAGAACCUCAGCCCCAAGCCCCCGAUCAAUUGUUACAGCAGGAAAGUGAAGUACCAUCAUGCAUUCAUGGUGACUUUUGGCUCCCCACCCAGCAUCCCCAGAGAGACCUCCUGUCACCUGAGGAAUCUGCUGCUGGGUCUUCUGCAGCGCAACCACAAGGACCGCAUGGACUUCGAGGAGUUCUUCUGUCACCCCUUCCUAGAGACGAGCUCGUCCAUGAAGAAGACUCCUGCUGUGACCAUGACAUGCUUUCCCAGCUCUGCUUCAGCAAGCUCCUGUAGCAGCUCUUCCAACUCACAUUUAGCCUCCCCACUGCAGUCUCUGGCUGAGGUCCAGCAGCUCCGCACCAAGACCCUUGCCUCCCCUACCCAGGAUGCCCCUGGCCUUCUCCUCAAGGACUCAUCUGGAGGUGGCUGCAGCAGCAAGAACUCCUCUUGUGACACAGACGACUUUGUAAUGGUGCCCGUCCACUUUCCCACAGGUGAGCUCACCUGUGACGGGCCUACUGGGAAGGUGUUCCACGACAGUCUGAUGAACAGCAGCUCUCUACUGGCCUCUGGUGGCCUGGGCAGUCAGGGCAAGACCCCACCCCACUCCCCCUCCUACAGUGGCUCCCGCAGUCCCAUCAGUCGGCCAAGUGAGUUCUCUGGCAGUAACUGUGGUAACUACGGUCAGUCGGUGCCCAUUCCCGUUCCCACUCAGGUCCCCAACUACCAGCGCAUGGAGCAGAACCUUCAUUCCCUCAGCCAUGAUGGCUCCCCACAGCUGUGUACGCUGGUGCGCGGCUGCAGCAGCAAUAGUUCCCUGAGAUUCGGGAGGACUGGCCCAUCGCUACCUUACCCAGGAGGCCACGGGACCUUGGCUGGCCCCUGCAGGCUGUUUGUAGGAGGGUCCAGACCCUUCCAGCUUCCUCAUCAAGCUCUCCAAUUCCCCGACACACGGCCUCCCCCUCAGCAGCAAGGCCUGGGCACCCGGCUCCACAGCGCCCCCUGUCUCCUGGAGGCCACGGGUGGUGGCGGCAGGCAGAAGAUCAGGAAGCAGCACUCUGACCCCGUGGUGGCCAACCUGCAGGCAGGCAUGAUGGCUAUGCGGCCCCUGCACUCCUCCCCCAGGCUGAGUGAACUCAUGCAGCGCAGCCCCCUCCCCACCAUCCUGGGAUCCCCCUCUAGAGCCAUACCACCCUUUGAGUUCCCCAAACCUCCCAGCUCCCCCAACCUGGUGACUUUCUUGGCCCAGCAGGGUAUGGUUCUGGCCCCGCCCGGCAGCAAGGCUGCCUCAAACCACAGGUACCCAGGACAGCCUCCUACUGGCCAGCUUGGGCAAUACAGCCAGAGGACUACAGAAGACAACAAGAGCUUCGGCAGGUCUCAGAGUGCAGGUCGUCUGUCUGACAUGCUGCUGAUGGCUGCGUUUGGAGGACCGCUGGGGGAGCACGGCAGCACUGAGAACCUCAGCUCAAACAGAGACAUCACAGCACCCUCUGGUGGUGGAGCCAUGGCAGCAGGCUCAGCCCUCCCAGCCCAGGUGGUGUUCACUGUGGGCUCCCCACCCAGCGGCAGCAUCCCUCCACAGACCUCCAAGACCAGACAGUUCUCAGCAGGCUCCUCCAGCUCCAUAAGCCCAGUGGGUUCCUUUACCAGCCGAUUUCAGACAGGCACCUAUCUGGACGGCUUUGAGGGUCCUUCCAGACCACGCUACAGCUUCACAGACCCAAUUACGGCCAACAUGGGGGGACCUGUUAGCUUCCUGGCCCCUGAGCUGCCAGAGGAGACACUGAUGGAGCAGGAGCACACAGACACCCUGAGGAGCCUGCGCUUCACCCUGGACUUUGCCCGCUGUCUGAUGGAGGUGGCAGGGGUCAGGGGGGCUGGGGCGAAGCACGGGGACACCUCUCCGCCCUCUCUCCUGCAGCAGCAAAGCCUAGUGGCUGACCAGAUCAGCUCCCUCAGCCGGGAGUGGAGCUAUGCGGAGCAGCUGGUGUUGUACAUGAAGACUGCAGAGCUUCUGUCGUCUGCCUUGCACACAGCCAUGGAGCGCGUCAAACAGGGAAAACUGUACCCCUCUGCUACUGUCAAACAAGUGGUCAAGAGGCUGAACGAGCUGUACAAGUCCAGCGUGUCGUCCUGCCUCUCCCUCAAUGCACGGCUGGAGCAUUUCUUCUCCCGCAAGCACCGUCUCAUGGACCACGUCAAUACCAUCACCGCCGAGAGGCUGCUGUUUAGCCACACUGUUCAGAUGGUGCAGGCUGCUGCUCUGGAUGAGAUGUUCCACCAGGGAGAGGCAUCGGUGCUGCGCUACCACAAGGCCCUGCUGCUGAUGGAGGGCCUGUCCCUGCUCCUUACCGAGCAAAACGACAUCCUCAGCGUCAGCAAGUGUAAGGAAUGCAUUGAGCGUCGCCUCACAGCUCUACAGUCAGGGCUAUGUGUUUGAGGACUCUGCUCAGCACCCGUGAUGCUGCUAUGCUAUGAUGUCACUCAUUCUGGACCGGCACCACCAUGCCCAUUCAACCUCCCAACCAACUCUGUAUCUUCCCCCCACCCUCUAGUUUCCAUGGAGAUGUCAGCCGGUGGGGGGUAUGUGUGUUAAGAAGGGCCUAUAGUCUGGACAGGGUAGACUGGACUGGUGGUUUCUGUGUCUGCCCCACCACCAAGCACUCUUAGGUAAACUGAUGUUGGAGAUGAAGGGCUUGUGGGGGGGGCAACUACACACUCCUCUGUGUGUCAGACAGGACCCCACUAAACGGACUGACUCUCUGCAGAGCCACACACACACCCUUACCGUCUGGAACGAUACCCUGACCAAUCACAGUCAAGCUGUCUGCAGGACGAUGCUACUGCAGUCACAGUCUCACUCCAUUUAAUCCUGUCAGUAAUUCAGCGCAAAGCAAUCACAAAUGAACCUUCACUCCUAAGACAUGAAGUCUUACUAAAUAAGAAGCCACUCAGUGUAAAAAUAUAAUAUAUAUCUUUUUUUGGUGUGUUUUUCAGGGAAACCAGAAGAGUUUAAGAACGUUAUCCCAAUUGCAUGGCCUGUCACAGCCCACUGGCCUGUUUGUGUACAUUUUGAGUUGUAUGUAGAAAAUAGGUCAUUUUAAGUUAUGGACCUUACCUGUGAUAGAUAGAACAAUAUAUAGGUGCUGUUACAGAAGUGUUUUACCUUAUUUAUCCCUGUCUGACACUUUAUUGAUGCUUCAUUUGCCAUAUUAAGAAUGAGAAUGUUGCCCAGUAGGUAGAUCGUUGGACCAUAGACAGCAAACCUUUCUAGAUUCUCCUGUCUGUGCCACUGGGCCUUUGACAGGAUGUUAAAUAUUGACAGGAAAUGGGCCUCGCUGAGCAUUUCCCUUUGACCAGCCAUGUUGGAAGAACAGCUUGAACCACAUACUCCCCAUUCAGCUUUUUAGUCCGAGUACAUGAGAUGAAUCAUCAUCAUCUUAUUAUUAUUUCCUAAAGUUGUUCUUAACCAGUAAAAAGCCAGGAAUAUCACUUUGUAGACAAAUUAGACAAAGGAAUAUUGCCCAAAUUGGAAAAGAAACCAAUUGCCACUAAUCUCUAUCCAAAUACGUGAGAUUUAGUUGAGCUUUAUUUCUUUCAUAUUUUCCGAUUCAAACCUCUUAUGGAGUCCAGUCACAAUCAGUUUCAAUGUAGGUCUGCUUGUAAAACUUGCAGUAGAGUUGCCAGACUGGACUACACCUGUCAAUGACUACUGGUGUUAUUGCACUGUGUUGAGGUUUAUCAGUACUGUACAUAAAAGAACAAGGCGGGGGGGGGGGUGGUGAGUUAUAAGAUGUACAUGAAACAUAUAUGUUCCGUCUUUCAUGUACAUGCUUGGAGACAAUCUUGUUUUGGGAGUUAUUUCUAUGGUUUUUAUUGUAGUUUUGUGUUUUGUUUCAUUGUCAGAUGUUGAAGUGUGAUGGUUGUCUUAAUCUUGACAGGGAAAUGUCAUAAGCUAUUAAACUUUGAAAGGUGCCUUUUUGAAGAAGGAAAAAAAUAAGAAAAAUGUGUAACUGAAAAUAUUUUUGUUGUAUUGAGUAGCCAAAAUGAGGACUGAUGCUUGUGUUGAAUUUUGAAAAGCAGUACAGUUUAUUGAAUUGUAGUGGAUCAGUUGUGGAAUUUAUAUUAGAGGUGGGUGGAUAUUUCCCUAACCAUAGCUUGUAUCCUCAGUAAUAACCAAUAGGAGAUGGACAAAAUAUCUCACUGUGCAAUGGACCAGUGGUUAGAGGCAACCUCUACCCACUCGAAGAAGCAUGUGUGUUUUGUGUAUGCAUUUGUGUGAAACUGUUUCAAAGAGUGAAUGAAUGACUUAUAUUUCCUCACUACAGGGAACUAACAGAAACAAGAGCAGGGGAGCAUUUUCCCCUGUGAAGAUUGUCUGAAUAUUCUGGUUUGCCCAUAGAUGCUUUCUUGCCUGUUUUCCUUUCACCAGUCAGCAAAAUGUACAACAAGCAUACAGAGUAAAUGUCUAGUUUAUAUUAUACAUCCCAGAGGAAUGAUGUGGUCAUGUCUAGUGACUCAAAAUGUACAACAAGCAUACAGAGUAAAUGUCUAGUUUAUAUUAUACAUCCCAGAGGAAUGAUGUGGUCAUGUCUAGUGACUCAAAAUGUACAACAAGCAUACAGAGUAAAUGUCUAGUUUAUAUUAUACAUCCCAGAGGAAUGAUGUGGUCAUGUCUAGUGACUCAAAAUGUACAACAAGCAUACAGAGUAAAUGUCUAGUUUAUAUUAUACAUCCCAGAGGAAUGAUGUGGUCAUGUCUAGUGACUCAAAAUGUACAACAAGCAUACAGAGUAAAUGUCUAGUUUAUAUUAUACAUCCCAGAGGAAUGAUGUGGUCAUGUCUAGUGACUCAAAAUGUACAACAAGCAUACAGAGUAAAUGUCUAGUUUUAUAUCAUACAUCCCAGAUGAAUGAUGUGGUCAUGUCUAGUGACUCGUAUGGCUUUCAUCACCUGAUCAGUUGUUAUAAAAUGGGAAAUGUUCAAUGAGUGGCAGGUAGCAAGGCAAUGGUAGACCUAUAAUUUUAUACGUGUCACUUGUUUUGUUUAUUUUCUUACGACCAGUAGCCUAGCAGCCAUCCUAAUGUUGUGUAAGAAUCUAAAGCAACCUAUGUAAUGUAAGUCACUGAAGAAGAAUGACAACUUACAAGGCGGGUUGAUUGAAAAGGCCCAUGAAGUAAAAGCUUGAUCUGCAUUCCAGUGCUUAUGUGACACUAAUGAUACCCACUAUUUCCAUAAUGGAUAUGACUGAAAACAAGGUUUUGCCAACUUAAAGACGUUUGCCGUUUUUCUUUUGGCUUUAUAAAUGCAGUACACCUGAAAGUUUCUUCCACACACUGCUGAUUUGAAUAUUGACCAUACUAUCUCAGUAUCACUAUAGUAAAUAAAGUUAUUUGAAGUUAUUUCUCUGAAUAUGUGUGUAUAUUACAAAGCAUGGACAGAAUUCCCCCACCUAUCCAAAGAAAAGUAUUAGAAAUAGAAACUUUCCCUACUAUCAAUUUUAGACUGUUGGAGCUAUAUCUCUGACUGUACAUUUAAGCCUGUAAAAAGGAGGGGGGGAAACUAUACACACUAUUACAAUGUCUGUGUGAACAUUUCUGGUUUGAAAGGCGCUGCAGAAAUAAAAUUGUGAAAGGAA